AUGGACCCUCGCUCGGAUCCCAGCACUAUAUGGUCUUAUCUGAAGGAGGGCCUGGACGACAUCAUGUCAGGUGUUGACAUGUCCUUCCAGAAGAACAUGUCUCUAUACUCGACUGCAUACAAUUAUUGCUUGGCAUCAAGGGUUGUACCCGAUGUUUCUCAAGGUGUUCUCUCAGAGGAUCAACCGCAGAAUAAAGUGCGCACAUUUUUGGACUUAUACCAUCGAUUGAGCACGUAUUAUGGUAACUACGUAUCAGAGUUGAGAAACCAAUCCGAUGCCCUACAAGGAGAAGAAUUGUUACAAUAUUAUGUCGCACAAUGGAGCAACUAUACAUCUCGUAUCCCCCGUGUCAAUAACAUUUUCUCAAAAUUGAAUCAACUGGUCAAACCAGACAUGGACGCAAAAAGGCGGCGAAUGAAAAACGCUCACAAGUCUGACAUAGUGCCCGAAGAGUCGAGGGAAUCUUUCUACCCGAUUAACUUGCUUGCGCUGGUACAGUGGAAGUCACAUUUUCUCAUACCUCAACAACAGCAGUUAAUCCCAACCCUCCUCCAUCUCAUCGAGGUCGAUAGAGAAAGCGGACAGGUCGAUAAUGGCCUUAUCAAGAAGGUCAUCGACUCAAUGACAACUGUUGGGAUCAAUCAAAAGGAUUCUAGCAAGACUGACCUCGACGUUUACACGGAAUUAUUUGAGGUUCCUUUCCUAGAAGCUACAGAGCAAUACUACGCACGAAAAUCUGAUGUUGUACGAAAGGAACGCAGUGACGCAGAGUAUCUCAAAUGGGUAGAGGAACGGCUUCGUGACGAGGAAAAACGGGUGGAACAAUAUCUGAAUACGGAAACUCGCGAGCCCCUCAUCGAAACAUGCGAGCUGAUCCUCAGCGUGAAGGGCUCCGCAUAG